AUGCCCACCAAGCUGUCCAACCCCUUCUCAGCACUUGCCAAUAUGACCCCCCACGAGAAGCUUGGGGAUCGUAGGCUCUCCCAGUCUCGUACGAACCGCCUGAGCCAGCUCUUCUCCUCGUCCCCCAAGAACAAGGAGCAGCUUUCUGCCCAGCAGUCCUUGUUGGCCGUGCAGCAGGGCGCCAACAACGCUCAGAUCACCGCUCCCUCACUAUCAUUGCCCAAGAUCUCCCUAUCCACCGCGACCGCCGGCGAGCUCAACGACGAUGAGCCAUCAACCACCCUGUUUGAGCCCCCCUCGGAGGCCGAGAACAGGACCAAGAAGCGCGGAGAGGCCCAAUUCGGCCCUCUCCUGCACCCAAGUCACAGAUACGUCAGCAAACACCGCGGCGGCACUCUGGACCCCCCAAUCGAGGAUGAGCCUCCUUACUACUACGUCCUCACCACCUACAUUAGCUACCUGCUCCUGAUUUUCUUCGGCCACGCCCGUGACUUCUUCGGCAAGCGCUUCGGCGAUAAGAAGCGUUACAGCAGUAUCCUCAGCGGCAAUGGCUACGCUCCCCUCACCGAUGAUUUCGACAGCUUCUACAUCCGCAGGCUCAAGAGGAGGAUCGAUGACUGCUUCUCCCGGCCCACCGUCGGCGUUCCCGGGCGCUACAUCACUCUGGUCGAUCGCAUGUCGACUGACUACAACCAGAGCUACACCUUCACCGGCACCUACACCGAGACCCUGAACAUGAGCUCCUACAACUACCUUGGAUUCGCCCAGUCUGAGGGUCCUUGCGCAGACAUGGCCGAGGACGUCGUCCGCAAGUACGGCAUGGCCACCUGCAGCUCCCGCGCCGAUGCCGGCACAUCCGAUCUGACCAUGGAGGUCGAGCGGGAGAUCGCUCAGUUCGUCGGAAAGCCCGCUGCCAUGGUCUUCUCCAUGGGCUAUGUCACCAACGCCGGUACCUUCCCGGCUCUCGUCUCAAAGGGCUGCCUGAUCAUCUCUGACGAGCUGAACCACGCCUCCAUCCGCGUGGGUGCCCGUCUGUCUGGCGCCAUCAUCAAGUCAUUUAAGCACAACGACAUGGUCGACCUGGAGAAGAAGCUUCGUGACGCCAUCUCUCAGGGCCAGCCCCGCACGCACCGCCCUUGGAAGAAGAUUCUCGUCGCAGUCGAGGGUCUUUACUCGAUGGAGGGUAACAUGGUGGAUCUCCCCGGUGUUAUUGCCCUGAAGAGAAAGUACGGCUUCUACCUCUACGUCGACGAGGCGCACAGUAUCGGUGCUCUCGGCCCCCGGGGACGUGGCGUGUGCGACUACUACAAGAUCGACCCCAACGAGGUGGACAUUCUCAUGGGUACCCUGACCAAGUCUUUCGGUGCCAACGGUGGUUACGUUGCUGCAGAGAAGCCCAUCAUCGACAAGCUCCGGAGCGUCAACGCUGCGACCCUGUACGGAGAGUCACCAGCCCCCGCCGUCCUGGCGCAGAUUCUGUCCUCCCUGAAGAUCAUCGACGGCGACCUGGCACCAGGGCAAGGAGACGAGCGACUGCAACGAAUCACCUUCAACUCGCGCUACCUCCGGCUGGGACUCAAGCGACUCGGUUUCAUCGUCUACGGCCACGACGACUCUCCCAUCAUCCCCAUCAUGCUCUACAACCCGGCCAAGAUGGCAGCAUUCAGCCACGAGAUGCUGAAGCGCAAGAUCUCGAUCGUCGUCGUGGGAUAUCCUGGCACACCCCUGAUCAGCUCACGAGCAAGAUUCUGUGUCUCGUCGGCACACAACAAGGACGACCUGGACCGUGUGCUAGCCGCCUGCGACGAGGUCGGCGAUAUCCUGCAGGUCAAGUUCUCGUCAGGUAUUGCCGGAGGCAGUGACGAGCCCCUGCCCGAGGGCGUCUCGGCGGAGAACGAGAAGGAGUGGCGGAGGGCCAACGGACGGGAGGUUGUCAAGCCCCCGCGCUGGAAGUUGGAGGAUGUGAUUGCCUGUGGCGCGCGUGAUACCCAGUUGCCUCUGCGAUAG